ACAAACAAAUGCUUUGAGCUUCUCGCUAUGGGCUACUUGUGGUUCGUGAGGAACGCCUGUUGGAAGUGUCACGUGAAUGAAGAUAAAGAAAAACUCAAGUUGUCCUCCUUAGAAAUCACCACAAUGUAUAAAAUAUACGGUGUACUCUUUGUGUUUGUCAGUAUUUUCGAAAUAUCCAGUGCAUUUUCCCCAGCAAAUUACACAUCCUGUGAUACGAAAGACUUUGGUCAUGGCAUUGUGUGUGUUUGUUCAGAACAACAUUGCGACCAUUUUGACGAUGGUGGAACUAGUUCUCCACUCAAAGCUGGUCAGUAUGCUGUCUAUACGAGCUCCAAGGCUGGUGCGAGGUUUAACCUAACGCUUGGAGUGUUUAAUGAUAAGCUACUUGAUGCUGAAGAUGGGGUAACAACCUUGACGUUGAAUGAGUCUGUUGUAUAUCAGAGUAUACUUGGAUUUGGAGGCGCAUUCACAGAUGCAGCCACAAUAAACAUCAAAAGCCUCAGCUCAACACUUCAAGAAAUGCUUCUCAGCUCUUAUUAUUCUGUUCAUGGUAUUGAGUACAAUGUUGGCCGUAUCCCAAUAGCAAGCUGUGAUUUUUCCACAAGAGAAUAUUCUUAUGAUGAUUUUCCUGGCGAUUUUGGGCUGAGUAAUUUUUCCCUUGCUAAGGAAGAUCUAGACUUCAAGAUUCCCUUGAUGAAGUUAGCCAUUAAAAUGAGUGGUAAACGAGAGAUUCUAUUCUUUGGGAGUCCAUGGUCGGCUCCUGCUUGGAUGAAAACAAAUGGGAAAAUGACAGGUUUUGGUCAGCUCAAAGGCAAGGCAGGUGACAAGUACCACAAAACAUGGGCAAUGUAUUUUGCUAAAUUUAUAAAAGCAUAUAAAGACAGUGGCAUUAAAAUCUGGGGUGUAACAGUACAAAAUGAACCAUCUGAUGGGUUUUUACCAGGGUUUUCAUUUCAGUGCAUGGGAUUUUCCCCAGAAGCUGAGCGGGACUUCAUUAAGCUUGACUUAGGCCCUACCCUAACACAGGAAGGGUACAAAGAUGUUAAGAUAAUAAUACUGGAUGAUCAAAGGCUGUUUGUGGACAACUGGGCAAAGACUAUAUUAUCAGAUCCCGAUGCUGCUAAAUAUGUGUCUGGGAUAGCAGUGCAUUGGUACUGGGAUUGGUUGACACCUGCAUCUUACCUUACUAAAGCACAUAACAAAUUUCCAAACUAUUUUAUGUUUGCAACAGAAGCAUGUACUGGAUCUGGGACUGGUCCAGUGACAUCCCCCAGAGGGGUGGUGUUGGGAGAUUGGCACAGAGGAGAGAGAUACAGCAGCAAUAUCAUUGAGGAUCUUUCUAAUUGGGUUGUUGGUUGGGUAGAUUGGAAUCUGGCUCUUAACAUGAAUGGAGGUCCAAACUGGGUCAAGAACUUUGUUGAUGCUCCGAUUGUUGUUGAUUCUCAAAACAAAGUCUUCUAUAAACAGCCUAUGUUCUAUCAUCUUGGUCAUUUCACCAAGUUUAUCCCGAGAGGAUCAAAGAGGAUAUCAGUCGUGUCAGCUGAGAAAACAUCACUGGAAUUCAUUGGAUUUGUAACACCAGAAUCAACAAAAGUUAUCGUCAUCCUCAACAAAGAAGAUAAGCCAAUGUCUAUUGAAAUUAUUGACCCUAAACAGGGUAAAAUAUCAGCUGUUAUUGCAGCAUCUUCAAUUCAGACGUAUUUGUGGAACUAAAUGAUUAUUGCUCCAUGAGAAAUUCUUAGAUUAGUUGAUUUCUAGGUAGUGCAAUUAUUUACCUAUAUUUUGUAAGAAUAA